UGGAAUAGUUUGAUACAACGACCGCUUGCUCAAGGAGAUAAGAAGGGCAUCUCGCGGCUACAGGUUCUCAUGGCAGCCAUAUCUUUGAGGAGAACAAAAGAUAAAGGUUUCAUUGGUCUGCCAUCUAAAAGCAUAGAGACCUUUUUUGUGGACCUCCAUGAAGAAGAGCGCAGGGUCUAUGAUCAGAUGGAAGAAGAGGCCAGGAACAUUGUCAAAGACUACAUUUCUGAUGAAAGUGUUGUGAGAAACUAUUCUACUGUUCUCAGCAUACUUGUAAGACUCCGACAAAUUUGCACGGAUCUGGCGCUGUGCCCUGCAGACCUCAGAGCUCUACUUCCACCAAGCCAACUUGAAGAUGUGAAGAACAACCCAGCACUAUUGCAAAAAUUGCUUUCAGUGUUACAAGAUGGAGAAGAUUUCGACUGUCCAAUCUGCAUAUCUCCACCCAGGGAUAUUGUAAUUACGUGCUGUGCUCACAUCUUUUGUGAGUCCUGCAUCCUUAAAACGUUAAAACGAACUAAACCCUGCUGUCCAAUGUGCCGCCACCCACUCUCUGAAUCUGACCUCUUCAAAGCCCCUCCCGAGUCUUCUCAAAUGACAUCUGAAGGUUCAUCUUCUCAUCCAUCAUCCAAAGUUGCUGCUCUAUUAAAACUUCUUUCCACAUCCAGAGAUGCAAGCCCGUCUUCCAAGUCAGUUAUGUUCUCCCAAUUCAGAAAAAUGUUGCUUUUACUAGAAGAGCCGCUGAAAGAAGCCGGAUUUAAGGUGAUCCGCUUAGACGGAACGAUGAAUGCAAAAAGGAGGGCACAGGUGAUAAAAGACUUUGGAGUCCCAGCACCGGAAGGGCCAACAAUCUUGCUAGCAAGUCUAAAAGCUUCAAGUGCUGGAAUAAAUCUUACUGCUGCCUCAACUGUAUACUUGUUGGAACCAUGGUGGAAUCCAGCGGUCGAGGAACAAGCAAUGGACAGAGUCCAUCGUAUCGGCCAGAAGGAGGACGUCAAGAUUGUGAGGCUGAUCGCUAGAAAUACCAUAGAGGAGAGGAUACUGCAACUACAAGAGAACAAAAGACUUCUGGCAAGGAAAGCUUUUGGUAGGAGGAGCCAGAAAGGUCAGAGAGAGAUCAGCAGAGAUGAUCUCAGUGCGUUGAUGAACUUGUGAGUCGUUCUUGCUGUCACCUGGCGAUCACAUUGCCGCCCAAGUGGAUAUAUGCCCGCUUCAUUUAGACGGCGAUGACUGGAUGGCCCCCGAUGAUAUUUUUGCGUGUCCGACAGUCUUUAACUUGAAAUCUUUCUAGUUUGUUUUGUCGUGUAUAUAUGUUUAUAUGUAGGGCCAAAAUUCAAGAAUCAUGGAAAUUCUGAUAUAUUUUUUGGUGAAUGUGAUUGCAAUGGCCGGAGGUAUGGAGGAUGGAUUACUGUACUGAUCUUGCAUGAGCUUUCAUGUCACUGUUUCUAAUUAUAAAUCACAUAUAAAA